AUGAGUAAAAACGUAAGCUUUUAUUCUCCUGAUUUAGAAGUCUCAGCACAGCGCAAGACCAGGCGAUUAAGAGAUGAAUUUGAAAGAUCAGUUGAUAUUGACAAUGUUAGGUUAGGCUAUUUCAAGUCAGGCGCUAGCCAUAUUGGUGACGCAGCCACCAAAGACCUACCCUUAUAUGAGAGGUUCUACAGCUUUUCGACUCCAGCUCAGAGGGUCUAUCCCCUAAAAGCUGGUGCCGCUUCUGGUGCCUUCUGCCUCCUCCUUGCUUUGAGACUUCAGUCUUGAUUGGGUAGCUUUUGGAGUUCUUAGAUCAUGCUACAGCCGAUUGGAGCUGCUUGAUUCCAUGGAUCCUUGAAGUCUGUUGGGUAUAAAAGUGCCUUCCUUCGAAAGCUACAUGAAAAAGACUGCAGCUUUGCGGCCUAGGUGAAACCCUUAGCUUCUCGGUAGAGGAAUGCUCAUGGGUCGUUGAAUCCAAAAACAUUGUUAGGCACCUCCAACCACAGGAAAGCAGCCAAAAUCUAUCAGAUAUACAUCUCUUGAGCAUACAAUUGCUUUUCGGCUCGGAAUCUAUCCCAGUUCGCCAUAGCCAUAAGGUCUAAACUGUUGCACCAAGAGAGCAAGUUGGCACGAGUCGCAAUUUUAAUGUAUGAUAUUGACAAGGUAAUUAUAAAUUAGGAACUCCUUAAGAGCAUGCAAGCCGAUAUCAAAAGAGCAGAAACUGUUGCUGACAACCUCAGAGAAGAAAAAGCUAAAUUAAAAUCAGCACUCGCAGAUUCGUUAGAAAAAAGAGACGAACUGUAUAAUAAAGCUAUAGAAUUUAAAAGGUCAAGAGAUGAAGCUUUGAUGAGAAGCGAAUACUUGGAAGAAAAACUGAAGGAUUUGAAAUUUGCUCAGAGCGAUAUUGAAUUAUUGAGAAAACAAAUUAUUAGCAGAGAUGCACUAAUUAAGGAACUGUCUGAAAAAAUUAAAAAAAUUCAAAGUGAGGGAGACGAUAGAAAUCCGUGGAGAGAUACGUUUGGAGUUCCUGAGGCUGGCAAAAAUGAGUAUUGCAAUUAUCGAGAAGGAAUAGAAGAUGAAAUUAUGGCGGUUGGGAUGUAUAUUUUAAGAAAUAUACAAGAAUUUCAAUUGUUAAACUUCGCGUUCAAAAAAAGCUUUGCAACUCCUUCAGACUUUAAAGACUUGCUUGAAGGCGGGCAAUGAGACAAAGCAUUUCUUAAGACGCUGAGGUUUAUAGAAGAGCUAAUUAUGAUACAAAAAUCAGAAACGCGCCAAAAAAAGACUUAUAAUUUAGAUUCAGAUCCCCGUCAAAGCCCAGAAAAAAGGCAAGACUCACGGCAAAAGCGUUAUAAUAUUGAGCAGGACCAUCAUAAAAUUUCAACUCCAAAAACAAAACGAGCCAUAAAAACCCAGCCUUCUACUAGCCCAGCUUCUUCAAAUACGCCAAAUUCUUUUGCUCACGCCAAUUCAUAUCUAUCGACAAGUAUCAACGACGAAAAUUACCACAAGCUGAUGGACGAAAGCCAAACCUUGCUUGAGUCUUUAUCUCAUCAAAAUUUGCGAAUUUCUAAGCUGAAUCAGCAAAUCAAUGAAACGAUGAAUCUUACGAAUAAACCCACGCCAAAAACACUUAAGCUCUCUGCUAGUAAUCCUCAGUUAAAAGUUGAUACUAGCAAAGCAAAACUGCAAGAAAGAAAGAAAAAUCUAAAGCUCGAUUUAUCAGAGCCUGAAAUCAAUUCUACUUCAAGAUUAAUUUCGCCAAAAGACACUUUGUCUUCUUCAAGGGGAAGAAGCAAAUCAAAAACAGGAAAACCAAGAAAUAACAUGGGGCCAUCCAGCGAAAGAGUAAUGCCAAUAAUGAGAAAAGCUGAUGGCUGGGAAAGUGUAGAAGAUUUUUUUGGAAGUCGUGAUCAAACUAAAUAA